GUCUGCCCCUUGACGUUCUUCACCAAGUCGGAGAUGCAGAUCCACUCCAAGUCGCACACCGAGGCCAAGCCCCACAAGUGCCCCCAUUGCUCCAAGUCCUUCGCCAAUGCCUCCUACCUGGCCCAGCACCUGCGCAUCCACCUGGGCGUCAAACCCUACCACUGCUCCUACUGCGAGAAGUCCUUCCGGCAGCUCUCCCACCUUCAGCAGCACACUCGAAUCCACACGGGCGACAGACCCUACAAGUGCCCGCACCCCGGCUGCGAGAAGGCCUUCACACAGCUCUCCAACCUCCAGUCCCACCAGCGCCAGCACAACAAGGACAAACCCUACAAGUGCCCCAACUGCUACCGGGCGUACACGGACUCGGCCUCGCUGCAGAUCCACCUCUCGGCUCACGCCAUCAAACACGCCAAGGCCUAUUGCUGCAGCAUGUGCGGCCGCGCAUACACCUCG